UAUAUAUAUAAUUACAUUAAAAGUUAUUUUAAAUCAGAAUUAAAUAGAUCAUAUUUAUUGAUAUAUAUAUAUAUAUGUAAACACAUAUAUUUACUUAUAUCAAUAAAUUUUAAUGCUAUAAAAACAUAUCAAUUUUAAUUAUAGAAAGAAAUGAAAAAAAAAAUUAAAAUUAAAAACAAGCUUUAGUAAGAAAAUCUACUCAAAUUUAAAAAGAUGCAAACAAAAGUAUUAUAAAUAGAGUUUGAUUUAUUGGAAUUUAUAUAACAAUCAUAAUUAUAAGAUAAAAAAAGAGAGAAAAGGGUAGAACAAAGCUUGUUAAGAUCUUGAAUGGCAAAAUGGAGUGCCUUAGUGUUGAUAAUGAUGGUGGUGAUUGCUGCUACGGUCACAGUAGAAGCAAAUAAGCAAAAUGCUUGGAUUAAAUGUUUUCGCAAAUGUUCUAAACCUUGUAAGCCUAACGACGGUAACUGUUAUGAACGUUGUAAAAUUAAAUGUGGUGGCCCAAAUCCUCCUCAUGGUCCAGGAGGACCCCCUCCUCCAUCUAAAACUUUAUAUGAAAUGGUAUCUGUGGAAGUUCGCGGAAGGAAGAAAUAAAUUUUUUAUAAAAAGUUUAUAUAGAAAGUUUGUGAGCAUUUCUAUAGUUUUAAUUUCAUGUUAAAUCGAACAAAAAUAUUGAUAAUAUAAUUAUUUCUAAUU